AUGCGUUGGUCAUUCCUACUUGUUGCUCUCUUAUUAUACACCAUUGCAGCAGACGCAUUACUACCAGAACUGGUUCUCGACCAAGACGAUCGAAAAGCUGUACAAGUCGCAUCAUUUGGUUUCCUCACAGGUGGUCAACUCUCGCUGGAUCUUCGCGAUCUCGUGCUUUCCAAUGACAGUGAUACAGGCGAACUUGCAUUCUAUGUACGAAAGGCACGGCAGACAUUGAUGGAGGAAGAUACCAGGGACAAUGAUGGCCAAGACCAUGGCUCGAGCUCCGAACAGCCUACUUGUCUCUUGGAUAGGAGCUACGUCAAAGAAGAGAUCGAUGAUGGCACAAGCAUUGUGGAGAAACUAUCAACCAAAGAACGCACAUGGCAAACAUCCAUCGCUGUACAACCACAUGAAGAAGGAUUAUGGCAAGUUAUCUUUGUCAAUUGCAAACAACACUCGACCGUGUCUUUUCAUUUGACGGUGGACCCUGUCAAUCCUGGCAACAAUCAUCUUUCAGCAGGAGACACGCCACUUCCACUCGUUUAUGGCAUUUCUUCGGUGGCCUAUCUAUUGGUCGCAUUCUAUUGGUUGAGCUUGCUUGUUUUUCGAAAGGAUACCCGCGUUUUCCGUGCACAUUGGCUGAUGCUUGUGUUGGUCGUAUGCAUCCAUAUUGACAAGGCUUUACAUUCGGCGAAGUUCUAUUACAAAAAGAAAGGUGUCCUCACUGAAGGUUGGAGAAUUGGCUUUUAUAUCUUUGCAAGCGUCAAAGGAAUCCUCAGUAUCUUGAUCAUUAUACUUCUUGCCUCGGGAUGGAUGUUUAUCAAGCCCUUCCUUUCUUCCAAGGAUAAGCGUGUCAUUUCAAUCGUUGUUCCACUCCAAGUCUUGGCCAAUAUUGCAUCAGCCAUUGGUAAUGAAGCAGCUGUUGGAUCUACUGACCGGUCAUUCUGGAACAUGGUGCUACCGCUUAUUGACCUAGCAGGAUGUGGCGUCAUACUAUGGACUAUAUUGCAAACUCGAAAGCAUUUGGGUAGAGGGACAUCUGCUGAUGGAAAAGAGGCCGAUGUUUUGAACAAGUACAAGCUAUGGUCUUCCUUUUACAUUGUCACGUUGGUGUACAUUUACGUUACGCGCAUCAUUGUUCAAUUACUACAAGCAUCGUUACCUUUCCAAUACGUUACUUGGCUUGGAGAAGCGGUGGAUGAAACGGCAACAUUCCUCUUUUAUGUGUUCAUUGGAUACAAGUUCAGGCCUUAUCCCAACAAUCCUUACACUCAAGUACCCGAUGAUGAUGACGGCGAUAUAGAAACAAGAGCAAGUGGUGGUUCUCCCGAGAAUGAUGAUGCCAUGCGACUUUAUCCUGUAGCACGUGGCCGAUCAGCAGCAGAGAGCAAUGAAUCAUUGUCAUAG